AUGGCUCGUGGACCAAGGAAACAUUUAAAACGACUCAAUGCUCCAAGACAUUGGAUGUUGGAUAAACUCACGGGGACUUAUGCGCCAAGGCCAUCUCCUGGUCCUCAUAAGCUCCGUGAGUGUCUACCUCUUGUUGUAUUUUUGAGAAAUCGCCUUAAAUAUGCCCUUACCAAAAAAGAAGUCCAAAGUAUUCUGAUGCAACGUUUUGUGAAGGUUGAUGGAAAAGUUCGAACUGAUACAACAAUUACUGCGGAUGAAGCUAGAUAUAAAUUAGCUAAAGUUAAAAAGGUUCAAGUGGGUGCAAAGGGAAUACCAUUCAUUGUGACUCAUGAUGGACGCACCAUUCGUUAUCCCGAUCCUUUAAUCAAAGUUAACGAUACAGUUAAAUUAGAUUUGGAGAGUAAUAAAAUCACCGAAUUUAUUAAAUUUGAAGUCGGACAUGUGGCCAUGAUAACAGGUGGUAGAAACAUGGGAAGAGUUGGAGUCAUUACGCAUAGGGAACGGCACGUAGGUGGUUUUGAUAUUGUACACGUUAAAGACGUUCUUGAGAGACAAUUCGCUACUCGUCUUACAAACGUUUUUGUUAUUGGCGAGGGUAAUAAACCUUGGAUUUCAUUACCAAAAGGCAAGGGUGUUAAAGCGUCGUGCUCAAGCAUCGCAAUAAUAAAGAAUUGA